AUGUUUCUGGUUACAUCCGCUGCUUUUUCCGAUGAUAUCAAAUCGAUGGAUAACCGUACUCCAAACCUGUACAUAAUCUUAUUGGAUGAUUGGUCUGUUGAGUUUGAAUGGCUGUUGUUAAAUCCGUUCGAUUGUCGGAAGAUGAUGCACCCAAUCUUGCUGGCGACCAUCAACAUAGAAGCAUAA